CGCUCCGAAUGUCUACUCCGAGGCCUGGGGCUUCGGUUUUGGUCAAGCGAGGCUGCGGCCAUUGUUUAUUUAGACGGAGUAUUUGGGCCGGUCCCCGUCCCUCUCCAGAGGCUCCGGACCUGUGAUCAGCAAGGGAGGAUCAGGGUGGCAAAGACUCAUGCCCCCAUUUUACAGCUCAGCCUUCUCAACACUCCACCCUUCCCCCAAAAAGGAGCACAAAGGAGGAAGGAAUGGUCACUAUUUCCCUCACAGUCUGAUCCCAGAUUUCUUCUUCCUGGAAAGCCUGAUCUUCGACCAGAUGGCAGUAACAUUUGAAGAUGUGACUGUUAAUUUUACUUGGGAGGAGUGGAAAUUCUUGGAUUCUUCUCAAAAAAAGCUCUACAGAGAGGUCAUGUGGGAGAACUACACAAAUGUCACGUCAGUAGGAAACUGGAAAGAGAGCUACAGACUCCAAGAAGAAAGAUUCAGAUAUUUUGAACAUGAACAUCUUUCCUGCUGGCAAGGCUGGAGGAAUGCCAGCACUCAAAUAUAUGAUAGUCAAAACUAUGUGGAAAUGGUUCAAGGUAUAGAUUCCAGAGACCUAAAGCAGCAACACCUUUCUCACUGUCAAGAAUGGUUAAUACUCUUCACACAAGUACCAGGGUUUGGGAACUAUGAACUGACUUUUGAAGGCAAAAUUCCUAGGAACUUAAAAUAUAUGAAGUUUAUACCUUGUCAAUCCUUAGAAACAAAACACACUGAAGACAAUGGUAGAGAAAUCUGUGUGAGUGAUUCACGUGGCUUUCAAGGACAUGGAUACUAUGUUGGCAUAUCCAGGAAAAAUCUCUCUGUGGAAAGAGAACAGAAGCUCAUAGGUCAGCAUUCUUAUAUCCCAGGAGAGGAAGCCCUUCCAGAGUACAUUGGGGAGAUAUGCCAAAAUGACCUGCUGAAAGGCUCUGUGGAAGAGAAAUACUGUGGAUGUAAUAAAUGUAAAGAAAGUUAUUAUUGGAACUCACAAUGUGUUUACAAGAGAAAUCAACUUGGAGAAAAGUUCUAUCCGUGUUCCAUCAGCACAGCAUGCUUCACUCAGAGAUCAGACCUAUAUAGACAUCCAAGAAUCCACAUAGGUAAGAAGCUGUACAGAUGUAAUGAAGUUGCCAGUAACUUUAGUCAGAGCUUCGGUGUUCACUCUCAUCAGAGAGUCCAUCCAGGGGAGGUACCUUAUAUAUGUAAUGUGUGUAGUAAGAGCUUCAGUCAGAUCUCCAGUCUUCACUGUCAUCAAAGAGUCCACACAGAAGAGAAACUCUAUAGACUGCAGUGUAAUAAGGACCUCAGUAGAAAUUCAUUACUUCACAUUCACCAGAGACUUCACAUAGGAGAGAAGCCUUUUAAGUGUGAUCAGUGUGGUAAGAGUUUUAGUCGGAGUUCAGUACUUCAUGUUCAUCAGAGAGUCCACACAGGAGAAAAACCAUAUAAGUGUGAUGAGUGUGGUAAGGGCUUCAGUCAGAGUUCAAAUCUUCGAAUUCAUCAGUUAGUCCACACAGGAGAAAAGUCCUAUAAAUGUGAUGACUGUGGUAAGGGCUUUACCCAGCGCUCAAAUCUUCAAAUCCAUCAGAGGGUGCAUACAGGAGAGAAACCUUACAAAUGUGACAACUGUGGGAAGGACUUUAGUCACAGCUCAGAUCUUCGCAUUCAUCAGAGGGUCCAUACAGGGGAGAAGCCCUAUACUUGUCAUGAAUGUGGGAAGGGCUUCAGCAAGAGUUCCAAACUUCACACUCACCAAAGAGUACAUACUGGAGAGAAACCCUAUAAAUGUGAACAGUGUGGGAAGGGCUUCAGUCAGCGUUCACAUCUUCUCAUUCAUCAGAGAGUCCAUACAGGAGAAAAACCCUAUAAAUGUGAUGAUUGUGGAAAGGGCUUUAGUCACAGCUCAAAUCUUCACAUUCAUCAGAGGGUCCACACAGGAGAGAAGCCUUAUCAAUGUGCUAAGUGUGGUAAGGGUUUCAGCCAUAGCUCAGCUCUUCGAAUUCAUCAAAGAGUCCACAUGGGAGAAAAAAUUCAUAAAUGCCGUGAGUAUUAUAAGGGGUUCGAUCAGAAUUCACAUCUUCACAGUAAUCGCAGAAGAAAAACCUUAUAAUUCUGUUCAUUUAGUUAUAACAGCUUUAAUCAAAGCUUCACCUUAAGCCCAGUAAAUGCUGCUGGGAAGAAAAUUCUAUAAAUAACCCAAAUAAUCCCAAGCAACAUUUAUAGUUUCCCCUAAUUCCUACUAAGAAUCAUUUGCUUCAAGAGGAGAUCUUUAGGAUAUUUUAAAU